CACCACCCCCUUUUUCUUUGCUUUCUCACUCAAUAUGCUUCGCUUUGCCAUUUGUGUUGCAGGCAUCUAUGCGUGCUUUCUUACGUGGGGCGUUGUGCAAGAACGAGUGACCACGACUAGUUACGGCGAUGAAACCGCGCCAAAGAAAUUCAAGUUCUUUAUUUUCCUCAAUUUGAUCCAGUCCAUGAUCGCCGCCAUGGUCGCCUUCAUCUACAUCAAAGCGAGCGGACGUCCUCUCGCUGUCAAGAGCAUGCCUACCGGACUGUUGAUGAAAUAUGCGCAGGUCGCUUUCUUCAAUUGUAUCGGUUCCCCUUUUGGUUAUGCUGCCCUGAAGCAUAUCGAUUAUCCCACCAUGAUUCUUGGCAAGUCUUGCAAACUGGUUCCUGUGAUGCUCAUGAAUAUGCUCGUGUAUCGAAGGCGAUUUCCAUUGCACAAGCAUGUUUGUGUAGGACUGAUUACGGCGGGCGUGUCCAUGUUUAUGCUUUAUCAUCACACCGAAGGCAGCUCCAAAGCCGCCCAGUCCAACUCCUUCUGGGGACUUUUCUUGCUGUGUACCAAUUUGGCCAUUGACGGUCUCACGAAUGCGACGCAAGACCAGAUAUUUCAUGCAUAUUCUCAGUACACCAGUGGACAGCAUAUGAUGUUUUUUAUGAAUGCCAUUGGAUCGGUGUAUUCAGCCACCUACUUGUUGAUCCAUCCUCACAGCAGCGAAUUGCGACAGGCCAUCGAGUUUUGUACGACACACCCACUUGUCAUCCGCGAUGUUUUGUUGUUCGCGGUUUGCGGUGCCAUUGGUCAAUGUUUUAUCUUUUAUACCCUUCAGCAUUUUGGUAGCCUGCGUCUAGUCACCGUGACCGUCACCCGCAAACUGUUCACUAUGUUAUUGAGCGUCUUUUGGUUCAACCACAUCCUGUCCCUUGGCCAAUGGCUUGGUGUGACCAUGGUGUUUUCUGCCAUCGGUAUCGAGGCCUACAUCAAGAAACGAAAGACUGCCUAGAAUCUUGCAUCUGUCUUUUUUUGGGGGGGGCGAACUGCACUGAGAAAGCAAGGGCAUGUGCCAUAGAAUUUUUUUAUUCAAAUCAAUGUUCAUAGAUCAUAAAGUUCUGACCACUAGACCACAGGUUUCUGGACGCGAUAUUAUCAUGUUGACAUGUGUUGUCGAAUCGCCAUAUCAUCUCCAACAGCGACAGUAUGAUCAUCUGCGUAACUGGAUGAUACGUUUACUCUUUAUUAGCUGCAUAGAUUUUUCAAAACUUCCCACAUAACACGAAUCUUCUUGGAUCUCGG